GGUUUUCACUUAAUCCCUUACCUAACCUACUUGUACACAUUCAGUAUAGAACCAUCCUCUGUAUAGAACCAUCCUUCGAACUGAAUAGACAGCAGUUGGUCAAAGUCAAUAACAUGUCAUCCUCUCUAAAUGACAACUGUCUUAAUGACAAUGCCUCCAUGCAACGUAAUAUCAAUUCGAGGAAGUUUCAGUACCACUAAUGAUUAAGUUACGGUCGGUGAGCGAAAUAAGUCAUGGUUACCUGCAGGAAGUCCCCAGAGUGCUGUGCAUAGAGGAGAGCCAAGGUACUUGGAACAGAGUGAACUCCUGUAUCCCAUCUCUGUCAGCUAGGCAAAGACCAACUUCCCCACCACAUAGUGACACUGGGCCUGCAUGGGGAGAGGGAUGGAGAGAGGUCAUUCCUUUUUAUUGUAACUGCACAAAAACUGCCAGAGUAAAAGUAAUCAAAUCUGUAUUUCAAAUAGACUUUCUCAAAGUGUGCAGUUAGUGGUUUACACUAUUGGCUAUUUAGUUUGGAGUUUGAUCACUCUUGGCUCCCCCUCACCCCAUCUCAAUCAAGGACCUCUUCCCCAGUGAGGACCUUCCGUGUCUGUUCUCCUCCUGCCCCUCCAUCCUCUGCCACUCCCUCCCAGUCAUGCUGGUCUGUCAAGUCCUAACCCCUUGAUAACUUAGCUAGCUAGCUACAAUGCUCUUGGUUAAAUCAAACAUACGGGUAACUUUUAUACGUGGUUAAAUAUGAAUUAGCUAGCUGCUAGCUGACACUAACCUAGCAUGCCUAAUCAAUAGCCUGAUUUAAUAACAGAAUAUUGAAAUACUAGUUGAUUAGAUAGGUUCUUGACUGAAAAAUGUUCAAUAUUAAUUUGAGAGCAGAGAUUUUUGUUUUGUUUUGCAGAGAUACUGUACUCUCACAAAUACACUUCAUCCCCACAUGGAUUUCAACUCUCUCACCCAAAAAUAUUUGCUCUCGCAACUGUAAUCUUUUACUAUAAUUUUAUUACAGGUGAAAAUUACACCAGUAGAUUUUUUGCCCUUGGCCAAAUGGGCCAAUGAGCAAAAAAAAAGUUAACAUUGGACACUGGUAAUAUUAUUAAUCUACAAGUUAUGUUCUUUAAUCUGGCAACAUGGGCCUUGGAGGCUCACAGGGAUAUUGAUAUCCACAGUAUUCCACCAAUUAUACAUUUUUCAACUCAGUACUUAUUGUAAUUCCCCCCUUUUGUUGUUGUUGCAUAAAUGCACUGUAAUUUAAGCUGUAAAACUGCAAAGUUCUCUCUGCCUCAUGGUAAAAUGUGUCGAAUUGAAGGAAAUGAGCUUGAAAACAGAUUUGUUCUCUAGAUGUCAAGGGAUGGGCCUUCCCAGGCCAGAGACUUGGUUUGUCUAGCCCUGCACUGCCAAAGUCAUAGUAAAACUCCUUGUAUGCUAUUUUUAUUUAACUCGAGUUGUGUUCUGAUUAUGAAGGGGUCCCCGAUUCAUUUGCUAUCACAAAAGGGGUUCCUGGGGGUCCCAAACCGCAAAAGGUUUGAGAACCCUCUGCUCUACUGUACAAGCAGAUGCCACUGGUCAAAAGCUCUAAGUGGGAGCUAAACUCCAGCCCUCCAGGUGGCGAUAUAAGCCUUAUCCUGAUUUCAGCUAACCCAUUUCCUAACGAGGCAGAAGCUUCCUGCUUCUGGUUGUAAACAGAAAGGAGUUGCAGCUGGCUGUGGUGGUCCACACUGCACAGAUCGGUCAGCCACACUUUUACAGUAGCUGUAUGUAUUUACAAUACAAUAUAUGAUAGAAUCUCCGAGACUUGAAAAGAGGGACAGAUGAAGGUGGAACAGAUCUAUAAAUUGGAGUAGCAGAGUUUGGUGGCGGCAGCAUGGCCAGUGGACAGCUGUCUAGAGAAGAGGCGUUGGCGUGUGUGGGGUGCAGACAUGCGUGUCACAUAUUGCUCUAUGCAGACACAGAAGAUCAGCUGUUCGAAGAAAUCCCCAUCAGACACAUCGUAUUGAUGCAGAUGCGUUUCGAUGGUCUGUUGGGUUUCCCUGGCGGUCUCGUUGACCCGUCAGAAGAAUCCCUAGAGGAGGGCCUGAGCAGGGAACUAUGGGAGGAGCUGGGCUUCUCACUGUCAGUCACCUUGGAGGAUCAUGUGUCUUCCUGCCACAACCCUUCCUCCUCUUCCUCUUCCUCUCACCUCAUUACUCACUUCUAUGCCCGGAGAAUGGAAGAGAAAGAGAUCAGGGAGGUCGAAAAGGCAGCUGCUAGCACAGCAACAGACCAUGGCCAUGAGGUGAUGGGGAUGGUCCGAGUUCCUCUCUACACACUAAAGGGAGGAGAAAGAGGGCUUCCCUCAUUCUUGUCCCACUCCUUUAUUGGGAACUCUCGCUCUCAGCUGGAGGACGCUCUAGUGCGCUUCGGCCUGGUGACACCCGAGGAGCUACAGACAGCACUCACACACGCAGAGCAGAAGAGAAAACAACCUUGGGGAGGGGCAGCCUAAUCACACACACAAUGUAAGAAAUUACAUUCAAUAUGACUUUUUCCUGUUAGUAUGUUACACACAGUUCUGUAUUAUAAAAUUGUAUAACUUACUCUAUAUACAGUUGAAGUCAGAUGUUUACAUACACCUUAGCCAAAUACAUUUAAACUCAGUUUUUCACAAUUCCUGACAUUUAAUCCUAGUAAAAAUUCCCUGUCUUAAGUCAGUUAGAAUCACCACUUUAUUUUAAGAAUGUGAAAUGUCAGAAUAAUAGAGAGAAUUAUUUAUUUCAGCUUUUGUUUCUUUCAUCACAUUCUCAGUGGGUCAGACGUUUACAUACACUCAAUUAGUAUUUGGUAGCAUUGCCUUUAAAUAGUUUAACUUUGGUAAAAUGUUUUGGGUAGCCUUCCACAAGCUUCCCACAAUAAGUUGGGUGUAUUUUGGCCCAUUCCUCCUGACAGAGCUGGUUUAGCUGGGUCAGGUUUGUAGGCCUCCUUGCUCGCACACACUUUUUCAGUUCUGCACCACACAUUUUCCAUGGGAUUGAGAUCAGGGCUUUGUGAUGGCCACUCCAAUACUUUGACUUUGUUGUCCUUAAGCCAUUUUGCCACAACUUUGGAGGUGUGCUUGGGGUCAUUGUGCAUUUGGAAGACCCAUUUGUGACCAAGCUUUAAUUUCCUGACUGAUGUCUUGAGAUGUUGCUUCAAUAUAUCUACAUACUUUUCCUACCUCAUGAUGUCAUCUAUUUUGUGAAGUGCACCAGUCCCUCCUGCAGCAAAGCACCCCCACAAACAUGAUGCUGCCACCCCGUGCUUCACAGUUAGGAUGGUGUUCUUUGGCUUGCAAGCCUCCCCUUUUUCCUCCAAACAUAAUGAAGGUCAUUAUUGCCAAACAGUUAUAUUUUUGUUUCAUCAGACCAGAGGACAUUUCUCCAAAAAGUAUGAUCUUUGUCCCUAUGUGCAGUUGCAAACCGUAGUCUGGCUUUUUUAGGGUGGUUCUGGAGCAGUGGCUUCUUCCUUGCUGAGGCCUUUCAGGAUAUGUCGAUAUAGGGCUCGUUUUACUGUGGAUAUAGAUACUUUUGUACCUGUACGAAAGUACGUUCAUCUCGCUCAGGACGGCUGCGUGGUCCCGUGGUGUUUAUACUUGCGUACUAUUGUUUGUACAGAUGAACGUGGUACCUUCAGGCGUUUGGAAAUAGCUCCCAAGGAUAAACCAGACUUGUGGAGGUCUACAAUUUUUUUUCUGAGGUCUUGGCUGAUUUAUUUUUAUUUUCCCAUGAUGUCAAGCAAAGAGACACUGAAUUUGAAGGUAGGCCUUGAAAUACAUCCACAGGUACACCUCCAAUUGACUUAAAUGAUGGCAAUUAUUCUAUCAGAAGCUUCUAAAGCCAAGCUGUUUAAAGGCACAGUCAACUUUAGUGUAUGUAAACUUCUGACCCACUGGAAUUGAUACAGUAAAUUAUAUGUGGUAUAAUCUGUCUGUAAACAAUUGUUUGAAUAAUUACUUGUCAUGCACAAAGUAGAUGUCCUAACCAACUUGCCAAAACUAUAGUUUGUUAACAAGACAUUUGUGGAGUGGUUGAAAAAUGAGUUUUAAUGACUCCAACCUAAGUGUAUGUAACCUCCGACUUCAAUCUGUAGCCUCCAUGUUAAAUAAUGUAAUGUACACAAUGUGCCACUAGAUGGCAGACAGAACAAGGUAACUCCUGGGCCUGGUUUCCCAAAAGCAUUUUAAGACUAGUAAAUUCAUCGUUAGAACCUUUGUUAAAUCUCCGAGCUGUUUCCCCAAAUCCAAAGUUAUUUACAUUGCACUUCUAAACACUCGUAAUUUAACGCCUGCCUAAGACCACUUGUAGAACAGCUAAGUGGGUCAUUAGAGGUUGUUUGCCCUUCCGUGUCCCUUCACACAAAAGAUCUUGGCUAAACAUCGAAUCACAUGGUUUAUCCACCUCUGUGACUGCAGAUAACCUCAGAAAAAAAGUUGACUUCAAAUAAAGUUGCCAAUGUCUUUGCAAUUGAUACAAACAAGCAAUGUACAGAGUAUACCAAACAUUAGGAACACCUUCCAAAUAUUGAGUUGCCCUCAGAACAGCUUCAAAUUGUAAGGGGGAAGGACUCUACAAGGUGUCUAAAGUGUUCCAGAGGGAGGCUGGCCCAAGUUGACUCCAAUGCUCCCCACAGUUGUGUCCAGUUGAUUGGAUGUCCUUUAGGUGGUGGGACCAUUCUUGAUACACACAGAAAAUUGUUAAGCAUUAAAAACCCAGCAACAUUGCAGUUCUUGACACAAACCGGUGCACCUACUACCAUACCCCGUUCAAAGGCACUUCAAUCCUUUGUCUUACCCAUUCAACCUUUGAAUGGCACACAUACAGUGGCUUGCGAAAGUAUUCACCCCCUUGGCAUUUUUCUUAUUUUUGGGGGAUUUGUAUCAUUUGAUUUGCACAACAUGCCUACCACUUUUAAGAUGCAAAAUAUUUUUUUGUGAAACAAACAAAUAACACACACACACACACACACAAAAAAAACUUGAGCGUGCAUAAAUAUCCCCCCCCCAAAGUUAAUACUUUGGGGAGACACCUUUUGCAGCCAUUACAGCUGCAAGUCUCUUGGGGUGUGUCUCUAUAAGCUUGGCACAUCUAGCCAGUGGGAUUUUUGCCCAUUCUUAUAGGCAAACUGCUCCAGCUCCUUCAAGUUGGAUGGGUUCCGCUGGUGUACAGCAAUCUUUAAGUCAUACCACCGAUUCUCAAUUGGAUUGAGGUAUGGGCUUUGACUAAGCCAUUCCAAGAGAUUUAAAUGUUUCCCCUUAAACCAGUCGACUGUUGCUUUAGCAGUAUCCUUAGGGUCAUUGACCUGCUGGAAGGUGAACCUCCGACCCAGUCUCAAAUCUCUGGAAGACUGAAACAGGUUUCCCUCAAGAAUUUCCCUGUAUAUAGCGCCAUCCUUCAAUUCUGACCAGUUUCCCAGUCCCUGCCGAUGGAAAAACAUCACCACUGCAUGACACUGCCACCCCCAUACUUCACUGUGGGGAUGGUGCUCUCGGGGUGAUGAGGUGUUGGGUUUUCGCCAGACAUAGCGUUUUCCUUGAUGGCCAAAAAGCUACAUUUUAGUCACAUCUGACCAGAUAACUUUCUUCCAUACGUUUGGGGAGUCUCACAUGCCUUUUGGCGAAAACCAAAUGUGUUUGCUUAUUUUUUUUUUCUUUAAGCAAUGGCUUUUUUUCUGGCCUCUCUUCCGUAAAGCCCAGCUCUGUGGAGUGUACGGCUUAAAGUGGUCCUAUGGACAGAUACUCCAAUCUCCGCUGUGGAGCUUUGCAGCUCCUUCAGGGUUAUCUUUGGUCUCUUUGUUGCCUCUCUGAUUAAUGCCCUCCUUGCCUGGUCCAUGAGUUUUGGUGGGCGGCCCUCUCUUGGCAGGUUUGUUGUGGUGCCAUAUUCUUUCUGUUUUUUAAUAAUGUAUUUAAUGGUUCUCCGUGGGAUGUUCAAAGUUUCUGAUACUUGUUUAUAACCCAACCUUGAUCUGCUCUUCUCCGCAACUUUGUCCUUGACCUGUUUGGAGAGCUCCUUGGUCUUAGUGGUGUUGCAGACUCUGGGGCCUUUCAGAACAGGUGUAUAGUAUAUAUACUGAGAUCAUGUGACACUUAGAUUGCACACAAGUGGACUUUAUUUAACUAAUUAUGUGACUUCUGAAGGUAAUUGGUUGCACCAGAUCUUAUUUAGGGGCUUCAUGGCAAAGAGGGUGAAUACAUAUACGCGCACCACUUUUCCAUUUUUUAUUUUUUUUUCAACAAGUAAUUUUUCUUCACUUCACCAAUUUGGACUAUUUUGUGUUUGUCCAUUACAUGAAAUCCAAAUAAAAAUCAAUGUAAAUUGUA